AUGGCUCAAAACAAUGUCGUAAACUUUACUGUGGAAAUAUUCAUGGAGAAGAAACUAUCAAAGAAUUUGAACUUACAUACCGGCCAGACAACGCUAUUUGGUGGUAUACGCGUGAGUGUUUUGCCUAUCAAAUGCUCAAUCAAGCACUUCGCAUUUUGGAUGCCGAAGUCAUCAAAAACUAUACGCGGUCUACUGUCGUUCAAUAACUUUCUGUCUACUAGUCAGAAGCGAGAGAAAUCUCUUGAAUUUAUUCCUCUCGGUCUGGAUGAUCCCGACAUGAUGAGUAUUCUGUUCGUGAUCACAAUUGAUCCGAAUAUUUUCACAACUCCAUUUGCAUCGGUUGGAGAUUUGGGAUAUUUCAAAGACGAAGCAGAAAUUCUUUUCUCCAUGCAUAGUGUGUUCCGAAUUGGCACUGUUAAACAAAUGAGUGACAAAAAACAUCUUUACUGUGAAGUGCAACUUCAGUUGACUGCUGAUGACGAUUCACAGCUUCGUGUACUCACUGAACGUAUGGAAAGUGAGGUUCAAGGUGGUACAGGAUGGGAACGGUUGGGUAGGAUACUGCUCAAAAUACGACAAUUGGAUAAAGCUGAAGAACUGCACACAAUGUUAUUGGAACAAACGCGGGACAAGAGUGAGAGAGCAUACUAUUAUCACCAACUUGGUUAUCUAAAACAUGCUCAAGGCGAUUAUAAGAUGGCUAUAGAAUACUAUGAAAAAACACUUGAAAUUCGGCAAAAAACUCUUCCAUCAAAUCAUCCUUCAUUAGCUUCUUCGUACCACAACAUCGCUUGA